GGAUAUUUCAAUGCUUGUAUCCGAAAUUCAUCUUUUAUCCACUAGAAUUCCUCCUUGGUCCUACCAAAAAUGGCGACACAGACGAUGGAUGACAUGAUAGUCCAGCUCAUGGCCAUGGGGUUUGAGCUGCCUGACUGCCAAGAUGCUGUACAGUAUGGGAAAAUCUCAGUCCAAGAAGCUGUGGAAUGGAUAAUUGCUGGCAAACCUGGAAUGACCAAAGUGACUGACCAACCAACUCUGAAGUUGUCAAAGGAUUCCAAUGCUACAGGUCUUGCAGCCUCAUCAAAUCCCUUUGUGAACCCCGUUUCUCUAGCCGAACCUUCCGCGAAGCCUGAAUCAACUGGCCAGGAAUCAUCCUCGUCAGCCAGUGAUAAGGAAGCUGAGGAUCUGGUGGUUAGCCGCCUCCAUCUCUCGUCACAGCAGAGGAAGGUCAAGAGCAAGUUCGAAGAAAAAGUGAGAGAAGAAGCACAGAAGCAAGCAAGAGAAGAAAAGAUGAAAGCAAAACAGGAGCGUGCCAGAAUCCUACAACAGAUUGCUGAGGAUCGGGACAAGGCGAAGGUCAUGAGAGUUCAUGGCCCAUCAUCAGAGAAUGCUGCUGAGUGUGAGUCUCCCAACAAGAAGGCUGCAACAGAGAGCACCACAGGGAGUGCCACAGGAAGUGCCACAGGAAGUGCCACAAGUCCAGAGGCCAAACCAGCUGACAAAUGCACGCUCCAGAUUCGAUUCCCCGACGGUCGAGUCCAGCGUCAGUCCUUCCAGCCGAGCGACACCCUCAACACAGUGUGGGACUUUGUGUACAGCAAGAACAAAAGCAUGACCAACAUGACUUUUAUACAGCCAUUUCCUCGUCGAGAAUUCAGUCAAGAAGAGCAGAGGAAUAGCUUGAUGGAGUUGGGUCUGACCCCUACAGGGUCACUGGUGCUGCAGAGUAGAAGCCCUCCUGCCUCACAGACGGUGUCACAAACUGAACAGGCUAACGAUGUCAUCGACCAACCAUCAGUGAACCCACCAGAAGUAGUUGGGGAUGCAAAUGCUGCUGCAGAUGCAGUUCCUGAGGAAGAGGAAGCCAUGGAAGAUGAAGAUCCGCCUCCUGUCCCUCCUCUUGUCCCACCCCACAUGCCAGAUAUCCUCCAGAACCCUGCCUACAGAUGGGGUCGAGGCCAGAGAAUGAAUAAUGAGGAGGAACAAGGGGCAGCUAUGGGUGUAGAUGAAGAGGAUGAAGAUGAAGAAGAGGAUGAAGACAUCAUGGGGAACAUUCUCGGUGGUAUGGGAGGGAUGCCAAGAAUGGGAGGUCACCAUCAUAUGAGACAACAGGCGUUUGGAGGAGUUGGUCAGAUGCUAGUGGCUGACGGACGUCCAGUGGAUGAAAGGGAACAUCACAGCAGACCAGCAGCCCAACUAGCAGCGGAAGCAGCUCGCCACCGAUACGUACAGCCAGGCCCUGCCAACCUUGACCCUGAGGUGUGUCAAGGUCAACAUCUUACCCAUGAGGUGUCAUCAUUACUUAGCCUGUGUAUCCACCGUGUUUCCCGCCGUCUCUGUGACCCACGUCACCCCCUCCUGUCUCUGGGAGGCAUUGCAGAGGAAUUGGCUCAGAAGCUGCUUCAACAGCUGAUGAAGGAGGGCAAGCUGAAACCCAAAACACUCCAAGUAUUUGUGCCAUGUUACCUGCGGAAGUUGAUGUUUGACAGUUACCCAUACACCACAAACGAACUGUUACAUGCAGUCAGAUACCAUGUGAACCUUAUACAUCUAAGUCUCUCCUCCUGCACCCUCUUCACUGACAAUGGACUUAAGCCACUUACAGGCUUGAAGAAACUGAAGGUGUUGAACUUGGGAUCAUGUCGUCAACUCUCCAACAAGUGUCUUUCAGCAGUAGCAGGGUAUUUGGUGAGUGGUUCUCAUACCACUUUAAUCUUGAGCAGAACAAGUGUCAGCCAUCUUGUCAUACCACAUCUUAGAGUUUUAUCCAAAUUAAAGUCCCUGUACCUAGAACAGACAAAGGUGUGUAGUUUAUCAGGUAUCCAGCAUCUGAAGGAACUGGAAAUAUUAGAUGUUGCCAACACAGAUAUUGGAACAGACUCUCUGCUGUGCCUGUCUGGUCAUCCAUCACUCACAUGUCUCAGUGUAGCCAAUACAGAGAAUGUGGUGGGCGAUCUCGCCCUGCAAUAUCUCACAGGUUUAAAGUUGCACACAUUAUAUCUUCCAAGCAGACACACAACGACAAGCCAAGGACUUGCCCAUCUUGUUGGUUUACCUCUAACCAGCCUUGACCUUACCAACUACAUCAAAGUUGGGGACGAAGGCUUGAUACACAUAGGCAAGAUAACAAGUCUAAAGAAGCUUCUUCUCAAUAACACGAAGAUAACAGAUGAAGGAUUGCUGUAUUUAGAUGGUCUGGUGAACUUGGAAACACUCUUUCUGGACCGAACGCUGGUGUCAGAUGUCGGAGCUACUCGAAUAAAAGCUUUCACCAAGUUGGAGGAGCUUAGUCUUUCAUCCACAUGUAUUACAAGCCAGUUCCUGUAUAGCGGGUGCCUCAACUCCUGCCAUCUCCUCACCAAGCUCAAUCUCAGCAGGACUAGCGUGUCAGACAAAGGAGUCCGGUGCCUGAAGUUGAUGUCUUUGACUCUCCUGAACCUGGAUGCUACCCACGUCCAUCCUGAGAUUAUCUCAGUAGUGCAGAGUAACUGUCCAAACAUCCGCAAUAUCACUAUGGCUAGUCUGAACCCAAUCAGAGAGGAGGAAGAUAUGGAGAUGUGACGAGAUAUGAGAAGAUACGAGAAGAUGUGAAGAUGCGAGGUGAUAGUCAAUGUGAGGAGAUAUGAUUUGUGAGGCAAUAUGGAAAGAUGUUGGAAUAUACAUAAAGAUAUGCAGCAAGGAAAAUAAAAUAUGAGAAGAUGUGAGGAGAUACAGGAAAAUGUG